UAAAGGGCGUAAAAUACCCUACAUUUUAGUUCCUGGAAGAAACGAGAGGACAUAUGGCUAUACAGAUUUUUACAAUGGAAGGGCGAACAUUCGUCUUCACAUUUACCUUAUAUUUCUAUCGAAUGACCUAACUUAAUAACUUGUGUCACAUUGAUUGUGAAUAGAAAUAUAAAUAAAUUGUAACGCAAAAGUCUCAAUCAGAGAGGUUACUGAAAUGUUUGGUAUUGAACGCAUCUUACUUUGUUUACGUUCAAGACAGCGUUUCUUCGAACGUUGACGUCUAGGCUCUAGUCUCCUACGCCGACGAGAGAAACAACCCAAAAUACAAAUGUUAGCAAUGGAUUAAGUGUUCUAGUUUUUAUCAAGAUUGGAAUAAUGAUAUGGGCAGCUUAGUUUUCACAUUGUGGAAGAUAUUGUGCCAAAUGAUUAUAAGAAAUCUGACAGUCAUCUAGGUGCCAUCAUGUUACUGUUUUUAUAAUCAGUCUGCAAGCAUUAAUGAUUGUAAUUUAUCAUGAUUUAUUUAUUUUAGAGUACUGCAUUAGCUUAUUUGUGUAAGUUCAAACGUUUUGCUGUGGAUGAAUUUCCUAAAUUGAACCUUUCCCAAAUGACUAAGAAUGAUAUACUCACCAAAUCAUAAGUAUCUUAAAUUUUGAAGUAAUUUUGGAAUAUCUCUUUCCCUUUUUUUGUCCAAAGAUUAGAGCUUUAGAAAUACUACUACAUGUACCUAAUUUUAUAAUAUCUUAGCUUUAACUUUGUUAUAUUAGAACAUUGCUAUACAAAUUAUCUUAUGUUCUUGUUCUAAUAAAUAACAUAGAGUUUAUGCUUUAUAUGGGACAUCAUUCAUGAAGUCAAAAAUUUAUGUAGAGUAACUAUUUGCAAGGAAAUAUUAUGACACUGUCAACCAUUUUAAAAUCUGUUACUGUCAUUCUUCAUUCUCAGAAGCUUUUUGACUGGAAUAACUAUACAUAUAUUGCAUGAUCAUAUUGUGAUUUGCAUUAUGGAAUUUAACUGCAAGAUUAAAAUUCAGUUAUUUGUGCUGCACACACCUAAUGGCUUUUGUUGAUAUAAUGCUUCUUAAGGAAGAUACAGUAUAGUAAUGGUACAAAGUAAUGACAACUUAGAAGUACAUGGAUGAUAAAGGACUGGCCAUUAAAAAAUGUAAAUAGAUGUGAUGUAAAAUGUGAGAAGUGUCUGUUUACCUCUAACAGUAGUGAACAACUUCUGCAACAUAGGAAUACUUGUGACUGUUAACAUUAUAAAGGCCACUAUAUGUGUGCAUAAAGUGAAAAAAUCUAACGGCCAAGAAGGAAAGAUCCAUUAAUAACUAAUGUAUUCUUGCAGUACUUGUGGACUGGUAUUUUAUAAAUAUAAUGUGUUUCAGCAUCACAUAAAAAGUCACAUGUCAUCAAAUACAGAAGGAGAGUUAUGUGAUGGCUUUAAGCAGACAUACAUCACUGAGAAUACUGAAAAAAAGUUUGAUGAUGAAGUUGAAGAGGUAGACAUCACUGAUGACAGAAAAGAUGAUGAUCACAAAGAAACAGCGAUCAAUGAUAGCGCUGAGGGAAUAUUACAAAAAGAGAGUAAAGAGACAGAUGACAUGGGUAUUUUGUCAUUCAAUAUUCAUAAGUCAAAGAAUACUCCUGAAAAAUUAGAAAAUACCAUGCAUCAUGUGUCAUCAGAGUCUUUUCUAAAUUUGCUUGAAGAAGAUUUAAUUAUAACGGGCAACAAGGAACGACCUUACAUGUGCCGGAUAUGUAAAAAGAACAUCAGGCAUGUGUUGAAUUUUAAGAGUCAUAUGAAGGUUCACACUUUAGCAAAGAAAUACGCAUGUCCUGUUUGCAGCAAAACUUUCCCUUAUGACUGUAAACUCAAAAAGCAUAUGAUGAGGCAUUCUGCAACAAAAACACACAUUUGCAAAGUUUGUGAAAAGGCUUUCCUCUAUCGUAAAGAACUUGCAAAACACAUGAAAAACCAUUCCCGUAAAAAAGAUAAUGUGAAUGCUGGAAUACCUAGCCAUCCAUCUAAGCACAAGAUCACACUGAGCAUUAAAAGAUUGUGUGGACAGAACAAUGCUUUGAAAAGAAAGAGAGAGAAUCAUCAAGGUUCUCUUUUAGGUUCAUGUAAUGUAGUUAGCAUAUUAAGAAACCAUGAUUAUAAUACAGAGUCCAACUUACAUUUUAAUGGUAUAGAAAAUGGAGUCCCAAACAUAAGCUUAGCCGAAAAGUGUUCAAAACCUGAAGAGUAUGGUUCUUCAAAAGAUAAUCUUAAACUUGAAAUGAAAGCAAACCCUGGAGAAACUACCUUGCGUACAUUGGAAAGUCAUAAAUGGACCCAGAAUAAAAAGAUGCUGUAUGAACAAGAAAAAGGAGCUGAGUAUGUUACUCUAAAGCAAGAGUAUCCAGAUGUUGAGGUCUCGAGGGAGUUUUAUGUUAAAGAAGUGGACAUUGAAAAGCAAGAAUCCUCAGGGGGAUCAUGUAUAGAUCGAGGUAACUUGAAGGAAGAACAGGAGACAGAUUCUGAUGCUAACUGUGAUGAAAAGGGUGUACCGCAUUUAAACUUUAUCAAUGAACUGAUUAUAGUUGAUGAGUUAGUUACUGAUGAAAUAUAUGAAAAUGCUAUUGAUCCAUUAAUAUAAACCAUUAGUAUAAAUGUUAUAUAAAAUGGAGUACAGUUAUGAAAGAAUGUCUUGCAUUGCGGCUGCAUGCACAUCUUGUAGUCCCACAAAAGUAAAGAAAAUGUUGCUUAAUAGAUCAGUAAGUAUUUAGUUAACCUGUCUCAAUAUUUUUGUACUUAAUGGUAGUUUUUUUGUUUGCACAUAUUAUAAGUUAUGAGGAGACAAAUAUCCAUGAAUUACCUUUUUGUGACCUAUUUUCAAAAGUUGAUAGCACUUCAAGUUGAUGAUUACUGCAUUUGGGUUGAUAAGGACCAUUAAUGGAAGCCAGGCUCAUUCUCAACUAGCUUUUGCAUUAAGGCUUAUGAAAACUGGUUUUUAUACUUUGAAAUACUCUUACAAAAUUGUUUCAAGACAUAUUUCAAGGGCCAUGGUGCUAUUUUGUAAUUCAGAUUAUUGUGAAGUAUGCAGAUUAUUUUUUUGUGACAAGUUUUUGCUUUUACAAGAUGUCACGUUUGGAAGAAAUUAUGCACAACUCUUUUAUCAUUUUGAUCAGUGAUAGUGCAUUGUAAGUUUAAUUUUUGUAAGCUUUGUUAGCUUUAGAGUAAUUUGUCUAUUUUUCACUAGUAUGUAAUACAUAAUGAGGAGAACUUAAUUUUACUGUGGUGCAAAGUAUAUGCAAUAAAACAUGUUCAGUGGGAUGUCGUUUGGUACCAGUGGACAAUGCCCACAUUAUGAUGUAGAUAUGCCAUUAUAAUAUUUAUUAUUAAAUGUUAUUGGUGCAUGUACAGUACACCAUUGCAGUAUAUAAUAAAUGAAAAUACUGUACGUCAGUAGUACACCAAAGCAGUUUUUAUAUUCUAGUCAUCUUUUUAAAAACUAGUCUUAUUAUUAUUAUAUAUUUAUUAAUAUUGUAUUUCUAGAAAUGGUUAUAAACUGUCUAGACUUUCAUGUGCAUCAAAUGCUUUCAUUCAAAAACAAGUACUAUACUACCAGGAUUUUCAUGUACUUAUAAUUAGUUGGUCAUGAAAACCAAUCCUCUUGUCAUUUUGGUGAAUAAUAUUUUUAUUCUUAACAGUACCUUUUGCUGUAAAAUGUACCUGAAAUGUUCUAGUUCAUAUUAUUGAUUAGGAGUCAUUAUAGUGACUUAGAAAAAUAUCAAGUUUGGUUUAUAAUCUACUUCUCUUUAACUUCUAUUAGAUCUGUUUAGUGAACUGUAUUAUAGUACGUAUAUUAAGAAUUUCAAUGUAAAUUACCUAAAUACCAAGAGCUUUUUCCCAAAGAGUGUGUAGUUGAUGUGUAUUUAUGAAUACUUUACUACUGUUUUAUUGAUUUUAUGAAAACUACUAAUGUGCUUAUGGACACACGUUUUGUUUUUUUAAGAAGUACAUUUUAUUUAAUUUUUUUAGCUAGCUAUAUCUGGCUCAUUAUCUUGAGGUAGUAGUUGGCUGUCAUAUUUUAUUAGCAAUCUAGGUAUGAGGUGAUAGUAUGGGUUUUGUUUGGAGUUGUAAAAGUUUGUUUUUUCUUUUGGCAGAUCUGUCAACAAAAGUGAGCAAAAUACAUGCUGAUUUUAAAGGGAAAGAAGCCUUUUAGUUUAAACUCUAUGUUUCACCAAUACAAUACUAAUCUUUGAGAUUGCAACAGACUUAGACUUCUGUGAAAAAAUAAUUGUUGCAUUGGGUUGAUUAAAGAUAAAGAUUUUUGGUUACAAAUUGAUGAGAUGGACUUUUUAUUUAGUACUAGCAUUUUCAUCUUGAGAGAUAUGUUUUUUUCAUGCUACUUUCUAGCUUAUUUAUAACAAUCCCGGAUUCCUCCUGAUUAGCACAAAGGGUUUCUGUCUGCUCCGGAUGGGUGUCAAGCUGUAGCCUUUCAUUCCAUUUCAGAUAUAGUCAGGACAAUUAUGUCUCUGCGGGAAUGAUAGUCUAGUGAGUACAUCACACUUCAUGUAAGUUUGAACUGUGCUAGUGUAUUAACUAGUGUAGCAUUACUUACUCUGUGUUAUGUAUUGUUUGAGAAAUUGUAUGAAAGUAUUACUUAAUUGUAUAUUUAGUCUUUUAACUAGGUAAAUAUGGUUGAAAGAUUGGGUGUAUUAUGUACAUUCUCAGUCAGUGACUUACUAGGUGGGUGGAAAAUGUUUAGAAAAACAAAAACGAAUUUAGAUACGUACUUUGUUCUUGCAUGUUACAUGGUGUGCAUUAUAUACAUAUACCAGCAAAUAUUCUUAGGAAUAAUUCUUUUUAUACAUAAAUUACUGUAUCGUAGUGAACAAUGAAUAUUUUUUGAGUAUACUCAGGUUUCAAUAUAGUUUAUUUAGAACUAAGGUUUUUUUACUAAAACUUAAUUAUGAUCUGUAUUUAGCAACACAGAACUUUAAGAAAACACAAAUACUGAAGUCUUAUUUUGUGGAUACUAGUCCUGAAUUAUUUAUUUUAUAGAUGCCAUAUUUUUAAUUGUGUAACUAAAAACAGUGAUAUUCAUGUUAGUUGAGAUAUAGGUAUGAUCUGAAUUGUAAUUAUUUUUACCUGUUUCCUUGAUAUGCCUCCUGUCUGAUGUACUUCAAACUCAGGGAUUAGUAUGUGGUUCUUCAUUUUGUUAUGUAACUUUUUUCUGUCUAUGACCAACUUUUCAACAUUGCAUUUUGUUUCUUAUAAAUGCUGAAAUAUUAUUAGUAAUAGGUGAAUUGUAUGUCAUGUGCCAGUGUUUAAUAUAAGCAAUGUUGUCAUGUUUGCAAUCUGGGCCAUACAAGUCAGUCUUUCAGUAAAUGAGGGCGCAG